UAAAGAUUGCAUUAUGUUUUUUUUCUCAUUUUAAUAAUGAACGCAAUGUCAUCUUGAAGCUAAAACGUUCAAAAACGAAGAAAAAAUCUACUUUAAAAAGGUCUAGCUGGUAGUUAUUGAGUGUUCAACUGAUUGUAAUGAUUUUUACCUAAUUGGUUUACCAUAUUCAAUUCUUAUGUAGAACAAUUAACAUCAAUUGAUGAUUGUUAACUCAAUUUACUAAAGUACCAAUAAAUAAUUGUGGUUUUGUAUAAAAGUUUGUUUUUGAUAACUUUUUUGUAAUAAGGAUCAUAAACUGCACUGACUUGAUCAUUUUCAUGGAAGACUUUGAACUAAUUUUAAAGUUUUGCAAAUUUGAGUAGGCAAAAUCCACCAUUUUGUCUAACUUCGAUGGUCUAUUUCAUACAAAAAUUACUCGAAAAUCCAACUUUUUUCAUACCGAUCUUAAAGAGCAAGAAUCCUUCUGGAAUAACAGGUAUAAAAAGUGGAACAUCUCCAGCAAAUUCUUCAGAUUAUCAACGAAAAAGGCAAAUUUCCUAGUAAAUUAACAGAUUUUUCGUGAUUGUGAUGUCGCAGUAUGUACUAAUACUAAAGCAGGGCUGCCUCGACACUACCUCCUUUAAAUAUUCCUUGCUUCAUACUUGCUUAUUGCUUUUACACAUUCGACACCAAGCGUUUGUUUCGAAGGCAAAACCUACGAGCUAUGCGUUUGUGUUAUUAUGCAUAAAUAACUAUCAGCAGAUAUUUUAAGGUCGCUAGUCACGUCAUAUCGUAACAACAAAUAUAUUAUAAUAAAGAAUAUUGCGGAAUGAAUGAUAAUAUUUAGUGAAACCAACCAAUAUUUAAAUUUCAGCCAUAGGAAUUAUCUACAGGAAGUAAUUAAUAAAUUUAAUUUCCAUAGUUUUUAUUUGACCAGCUUUACCAAAAAGUCUCUCUGUUCGUAUAAAGUUUUUUUUAUUGAGUUUUUUGACGGGAAUGAGGAAGAGCCAUCCGGACACAAAUAUGUUUAUUGAUAAAUUACAACCUUGUAAAAACUUUGAUACCAUUAUACUCUGUGAUAUUGUUGUACAUUACUUGAAAUUUCCUUUUAUUUGAUAACAAUAUAAUUUAAAUUGUUAUUGGUUUUUAUUAUGUGCAUCGAUACUGCAAUUCAUUGAACCAUUGAUGGUGUGUUUAUGUUAUUUUAGGUGCUUUUUUAGAAACAAGUUGUUAGAAUUAUUCUGCGGAUUUCAAAAUAAACUCUGCGGAUUGCAGUCAGGAAAAUCUGGAUGUGUCUGUUAGUCGUGUGAAUAAGUAAUGUAGGUUGGACCAAUCUGAUAAAUCUUUCAGCCGUAGUGUCAUGUGGUCAAAGUUAAAAAUUGUGAAUACAUAAUCAUUUUAACUACAAGAAGCCUUUGAUAACCAAGACUUAUAUAUUUCAAUUUAAUUUUACUAAUGUGAUGUUUAUUUUCAGCUGAUUGUAAUUUAACUGAAAAUAGUUUCGUUAUAUUCUUAAUUGAAAAAUCUCAUUAUUCCAUGAAAUUUCCUCAUUUUAGGUUUCAUCCACUCAUAUUUUUAAUCAUAGUUUCUUAAUAAACCGCAUUAUUUCAUUCUUAGAAGUGAAGUUUAUUGACACACAACUACGAUGAUUAAAGAAAAGCGCUUAUUUAUCUUGUAUGAGUCUCAAAUUAUAAAAACAGCCCAUCACGGACGAACUCGCCAUUAUUAAUUUUCAACAACAUUUUUAUGUACAAACACAAUUUUUUACUUACAGCUUAUCAUUCAUUCAGGCUUUCGAAGAUUGUUCUGUAUUAUUUUUGUUUCCGUUUGUAGUUUUAAAAUGCUGCAACAUACUAAUAGAAAAUCAUAUAUAUGUCAUGUCUGUAUCGAAUUUUGAAUACGACGAAUGCGACACCAUCACUGUUUCCAAAUAAAAACCCGUUCGGCUCUAGGUCUUUCCAGCGAAAGUAUUAAUUUGUUUUGAUUGUUCAAAAUAUUAAUCUGCAAACUAACUUUUUCACAAAGUUGAUAACUCUGUUUGUAUUUAGCGCACUAGCCCUUUUUCAAAACUCGAUAUCGAAUAGUUAUUUUGACUUGAAUUUAAUUUUGUUUGCAGUUUCGGUUCCAGUUUCCAGUAUCAUAUCUUCGAUUUUAUAAAAUGUUUAAUUCAUACGCUUUCUACAGAAUAUUUAUCGAUAUUUCAUAAAAAAUGUUACAAUUAUGCGUACGUUAAUUAUACAAUUAUAUUAGCCGCAACUGUGCUACAACCAUGCACCCAAGGUGGCUACCAUACAUACAUACAUACAACAAUAAUUUAAAUAUAUAAUUAAAUUAUAUAAUUAUAAAAUAAAUAAACAUAACAAUAACAUAACAGGUAAUAUGAAUAUUUACCUUUUAUUCCAUCAGGUAGUGUCGGAGCAUGGAUGGUCUUCGCAAGCGAUACUAUAUUUUCAACCAUUUUCAAAAUAACUAACGAUACUUUUAUCACAGGUCUGAUCAGCACUGACGUAUUUUCUUCAUAAAUCUAUUUUUCAUUAUUUUUUAUAUCUUUAUGAAAAUCAUAAAUGAAUAAAACCAUCAACUAAAUACGUGUCAAUCUUUUAUUGGACAUAUUAGGGUGCAAAUUCUAUAUAGUUAGACAAUUAUAUUUAAUUUGUAUCUGGAUAUGUCAACAAUAAAAUAUGGAAAGUCUAAUCAUAAUUACAUGACCCAAUUGGUCAUGCAGCUAUGAUUGGGCGGGGCUUAUUGGCAAUGAAAGUAGCCUCGGGAUGUGCAGUUGCCAUUCUGAAAUGGGUUACUGGAAUUUCAAUAGAGCUAACACCACCAGCACCCGCGAUUGAACAAUGUUAAUCAAAUAGAUUAACAUUGGCUCUUUUGCAUAACAUACCUGCCAGCUCAGGGGGUCGUUGGAUGGAUUAUACAUACAUACAUACAUACAUACAUCCAAUCUUUUUAUAAAACUACUACUCAAAUUUUCAAACCAUGAACUUGAUUCAGCUCGGAACAUGAUAAGCAAUCGGAAAGCAAACUUCAAUGUUAAUGCAUCGAUUUAUUGUGGGCCCCAAGGAUGUAGAUCAAUAACCAAAUUUAGAUGCUAAUUGCAAAACAUUAGCGACAAGAAUAAUUGAUGAAGUUUCAGUGUACCGGAGUUAGUUCGGUUCCAGACUUAAACCUUGUACUGGUUCAGUCUCCUGAUGGCAGUUGGUGUUGAAACCAAAUUACAGAAUGGACUUCAAACGAUUGAGUGAACGCGUGGUUCGAACGAUUCGGGAACGGGGGGAACGUCCUCAAGUGGAUCCCACGGUUAGUGUUCCGGCCCGAGAUACCGUAGUGCACAGCGUGGCCGAUUCGCAAGUUUUGAAAUGGUUCAAAAAUCAACUCUAUCAACUUUGUUUGGCAACCGCGUUGCACGGAUACAGUCAGAUCGUCCGAAAAGGGUACAGCCCACUGGAACGGGCUUUGUGGGUCAUUGCUGUUGGUUCGGCUUUGGUGACAGCCAUUACGCUACUGUGGAUUUUGUGGACCUGGAAUGUUGAAACUCCCACGGUGACCGUCAUCGAAAGUACCAACUACGACACCUAUCGGGUGCCAUUUCCGGCAAUCACCAUUUGUAAUUUGAACAAAAUUUCUGCCAGCAAGGCACUGGAGAGGGCACAAAAAAUGACUCGUCCCAACAACAUGACGGCCGAAGAACUGGCAUUUCAGUUUCGAUUCUUGCUGCACGUGGAAGGACUCGAAGAAGCAGAUCCUCGGGAAUAUCAACUGCUGCACGAUAUCCUGUUACUCAAUAAUUUGGAAAUCCCGCAGCUAAUAGGGGAGUUUGCGAUGCCAUGCAGCACCAUGCUGGAACGUUGCAUGUGGAAGGGCACCCAGUGGAGGUGUGACAAUUUGUUUGAAAUGGUUAACAGCACUGAAGGAUUGUGCUGUUCGUUCAACCAUUUUGCUAUGCGGUCCAGUAAUAGGCUGCAAAAGAAAGCGAGCAGCAACGCUCCAAACGAACCUCGCCGAGUAAUGGCCAGCGGAUAUAAGACGGGACUUUCACUCAUCCUGAACCCAAUACUGGAGGAUUACCAUUCGAUAGAUAUCGCAACGACCGGGUUCAAAAUUCUGAUACACAGUUCCUUCGACUUCCCGGAUGAAAAUGCUCAGAUGAAAAUCAUUGCAUCAGGCACGGAAUCUUUCAUUGCCGUUUAUCCGAAGGAAACCUACGCCUCAGAUGACGCGUUAACAUUAGCCCCUGCCGAGCGCAACUGUUACCAGUACAACGAGGUUCGCAUGAGCGUCAUGCAGCGUUACUCGUACGUUAAUUGCAUGGCCGAAUGUCGCGCGUCGGAAAUCUUUAGGGCCUGCAAAUGUUUGCCGUUCCAUUUGCCAAGCAACGGUUCUUUGGCCAACUGUGAAUUCAAGGAUUUCAACUGUUUGGUGGAAAAUGUCGAACGAUUCCGGAGCGCCAUUCCGCUGAACAAUUCCUCAAUCACCCAGUUGAUGGAAAAGCCUCCGAUGGUUUGCGACUGUCUGCCCAGCUGCGAGAUGGUCCAGUAUCCGGUGGAAAUGAUGUACGGGAAAAUCAACCGAAGCGUUACCUUCAACUCGUUGUCGUUCUUUAAAGACAUCAAACUAAAAGACCAAAGUGUGGUACACAUUUACUUCAACGAUUUGGUCGCAACUCGAUACCGCAUGGACAUCUAUCAGAACUGGUUUGGAGUUCUAGCAUCAUUCGGUGGAAUUUUGGGACUGUUUCUCGGGUUCAGCAUCAUCACCGGUUUUGAAGUGAUUUACUUUUUCUCGAUCCGUUUGCUGUUCGAUGCCGCUUUUCAUUCGGACAAACCACGCAAGCAGUAGCCAGUCGAACUAUAGCCUACUUGAAGGCGCAUUAAUUUUCAUGGAAACAGAUACAGUUCGUUCAAGUGAAAGCUACAAGAUGAAUUUGAUUCUUUGCAAAAUUUUAUGUUAUAACUAAAUUCGGAAAAUAUCUGAUAAAAUUGUUGCUAUGUAUUUAUUCUAAAA